AUGGCUAUCUGUGGAGUUAUCCAUUCAGUUUUUGGGGGAAAGCCAAUGUUGAUCUUGGGAGUUGCAGAACCAACAAUUAUAAUGUACACAUACUUGUAUAGUUUUGCCAAGAAAGGAAUGGGAAAUGAGCUGUAUUUGGCCUGGGCAGGGUGGUAUCGCUUUCUCUCUGCGAAUUUCAAUGCCUUGCUUGCGGCACCGGCUAUGGAUGACAUUGAGAACGCCACAGCUAGCUCCAGACCCAAUGUACAAUUCGAGGAAUACUGCCGCACUCGCCACCGAUCAAAACACAAGCUUGUUGGGAGGACGGUAGCUGAUGGGCAGCUUGAGCUUGCUGACGUCGAGUAUCUCAAUGCCAACCAGGAGGAGAUUCACUGGGCUGGAGGUCCCAGACUUCUUCUCCAGCUCCCUCAGAAUGGCUUCCGUCUGGGUCCAUAA